AUGACAGACAACCUCAACUUACCAGCCGAAGAGGUAGAAAUACCAUUCUCAAUCCUCGACACGGAUUUAUACAAGCUCACCAUGCAAAAUGCCGUCUUGCAUCAUUUCUACGACGCUCAAGUGAUCAUCAAAUUCACCAACAGAUCACCUCAGAUGCUAUUCAAUAGGGAAUGUUUCGACUGGGUCAAAGGACGUGUACUUCGACUCGGAGAACUGCAGUUACAGUCACACGAGAGGGAAGCUUUGAAAUCCUCUUAUCCUUGGUUCUCCGAUGAAUAUUUAGAUUAUCUCGGAUCAAUGCGACUUGACCCUAUAAACCAGGUUGAACUGUGUUUUUACCCUAGUAAGGAUUCUGAAGAUGGUACAUUUGGUGAGAUUGGGAUAGUGAUCAAGGGGCCUUGGAGGGAUACUAUUCUGUAUGAAGUACCCAUUAUGUCAAUUUUAAGUGAAGGAUACUUCAAGUUUGUAGAUACAGAUUGGAAUUACGAUGGACAAUUUGAACUAGCCAAGAAGAAAGCUCUCGAUUUGCUUUCACCACCAUCAGGAGUAUCUCCCUUGAUAUUUUCUGAGUUCGGUACGAGACGACGAAGGUCUUUCAGGACGCAGGAUACAGUUAUUAGAGGGUUGAUAGCUGGAUAUGAAGAGUGGAAAAGCAAUGGUGGAAAUGGUGGAUUGCUAGCUGGAACAAGUAAUGUAUACCUGGCUUUGAAGUACGGAUUGAAACCUGUUGGUACCAUUGCACACGAAUGGAUUAUGGCUAUUGGCGCUACUUACGGGUACAAGGAAGCCAAUGCUAGAGCUAUGGACAUGUGGGAGGAAGUCUACCCACCUGGACCUGGUGGCGCACCAUUAACAAUGUUGACCGACACAUACACCGCUCAAGCCUUCUUUACGGAUUUCAUCUCCAAUCCUGAACGAGCCCUUCGUUGGUCUACCCUAAGACAGGACUCAGGAGAUCCGUUUGAAUUUGUCAAAUCCGCCAAAGAGCAUUGGAAGAUUAUCGAAGAUAAAGCCGGUAUGGUCAGGAAAGAUGAUGGGGAAAUUGGGAGGGGUAAAAGAGUUAUUUUUAGUGAUGGGUUGGAUGUAGAGAAAUCUGUGGAAUUGCAGAAAGGAUGUGAUGAAAUUGGUAUAGCUGCUUCCUUCGGUAUAGGAACAUUCCUAACGAACGAUUUCAAGAAAUGUUCCAAUCCAUCCGAAACUUCCAAACCACUGAAUAUAGUGAUCAAGCUCAACCAGAUAGAUGGAAAGAAUUGUGUGAAACUGUCCGACGAUAAAGGCAAGUAUACCGGUGAUGUCGAAGAAGUGAAACGAGCACAGGAGGAAUUGGGAUUAUCUCAUGAACAUGAAGAGAAGCGAAGGGGAUAA